AUGGGCUCAAUCUUUUCAAGACGCAGAAAUCGGUCAAGAAUUACGGAACAAGACAAAGCUAUUCUAAGGUUGAAGAGGCAACGUGACAAACUCAAUCAGUUGACCAAUAAGCUAGAUAACCGGAUAGAAAAUGAAAAAGUUCUUGCCAAGGAACUUAUUAGGCAAGGUAAAAAGGAGCGGGCUCUGUUGCUGCUGAAAAAGAAGAAGUAUCUCGAAAACCUCAUUCAUAAAACCAGUAUUCAACUAUCAAACAUCGAACAACUUGUCAAUGACAUCGAAUUCGCUCAAAUAGAAGUGGAGGUUUUAGAUGGGUUAAAGUGUGGGAACAAGGCUCUCCAGGAUAUCCAAAAGGUAAUGUCGUUAGAUGAUGCAGAACGGAUUAUGUCAGAAGCUCAGGAUGCUACGGAAUAUCAACGUAUCCUGCACGCAGAGAGCGAAGCAGAGAAGCAUUAGCAGUUGGUAGUUAAAUUGAAGAUGUCAUCAAGUCAUUUGGUAUGAAUACAAAUGCUUCAAGU